AUGCCGGGCGGACUGCGCCUCGGGGUCCACCGGUCCUCCCGAUGGGCUUGGAAGACCCCCUCUCACCCCCCUCUCACCCCCUGCUCCUCCCCCUCCUUCCCUGUUGACCACCACCACAACCAACCACUCAUCAAAGAACCAAGUUGUCGUUCAAGGAUGAGCUACCAACCUAUCAUCGACCCUUCCUCAUCAAGAACCCCCUCAAACAAUCGCAGCCAUCACCAGCUCAGCUCACCAAACCAUCAGUCAUGGCCUCUCAUCGAUCAGCCCUCCCUAGAACCUGCGCCGCCCUACCAUCCGCUGUCCUCUAACUCAAACCUACAAGCCUCUCUAACCACCUUCCCCUCAAGGCUCAGACUGGGUACCAGCGCACUAGCCCAACCGAUCUAUACCAACACGUAUAUUCAAAACCGCCUCCAACGCCCUAAUUCGCCAAUCGACUCUCAUCCAUCUAAUCCGACUACGGUCCCUCUCUCUGAACCCGGAAAACGCGCUCGUCGAGUCGUCAAUUAUUCUGAGAAUGAACCGUCGCGUCUGGCGACCAUCGAUCCGGACUUAGACCCAGCCUUUGAAGACGAUCAUCCUCGAGCUAGGGCCGGCUCGACGCGUGGUCGACCCAGUCAUGGCUCCCGACUGUCGAUGAACGCGAACGUCAAUCAAACACCACUCGCUGGACAAGCCGGAAGACUUGCUGCCCGGAAUUCCACCCCAACUCCCGUCCCCUCUGAACCAGGCAAGACGCAGGAGGACGACCUUGCGAAACGGAAAUAUGCUGACGGGCGCUCGUAUCUGGGCCAAGAUCCCCCUGCUAAAUGGAUCCAAGUCGAGCGGAAAACCAAACGCGCACCUCUGCUCAUGAAUACCUUGGGAUUAAGUGAAAUUGAUCAAGCCUCAGAUAGCGUCUGUCUGGUGCCCAUCCGGAUCGAACUUGAUACGGAUGAACUGAGGAUCAGAGAUGUCUUCACCUGGAAUCUUCGAGAACGUUACAUCACACCAGAGAUCUUUUCGCUCGAAUUUUGCGCAGAUGCCGGGAUCCAAUCUGGAGUUUAUGUGCCCAAGAUUGUCGAACAGAUCAAGUCCCAAUUGAAUCAAUACUCCUUCUUAUCCGCAACCAAGUUGGUCCCAGAUGAAGCAGACCUGUCCCAUUUCACUGAUGACCAAUUAGUCGGAAUCGAGCCUGAUCUGAGAGUAGUCAUCCAACUGGAUGUACAAAUAGAAACACUCCAUCUUGUCGAUCGAAUCGAAUGGGAUUUGGCAUCACCACUGACGCCUGAACUGUUCACGGCGCAAUAUAUUUGUGACUUGAACCUACCCCGAUCGGCGAGUCCGAUCAUUGCGCAUGCGAUCCACGAAGAGAUCUGUCGACACAAGCGCGACUGUCUUUCGCUUGGGCUGAUUUCCCAGGAAGUGCUCUCAUCCUCGGUAGCUGUGCCUAAUGACGCAGAUCCUCAGACGACUACUACAGCAUCUACCACGCCAACACCCAAUCCGGUCGGGAUUGUGCAGACUAGCUUCAAAAUCGAAAGUGAUCCUCUGCUCAAGGAGAAAUAUGGUUCCAGUCGUGGGCCCAAAAAACUCGAAGGCGUUUGGAGAGAUUGGCAUGAGGCUAAUCUCUUUGGGCCUAAGUUACAAUUGAUUCAUGUUGAGGAUUUGGAAUGGGCAGAGAUCGAAAAGGAACGAUUGGCUAGGCGCUCUCGGAGAGAUACAACAAGAACAGCUAGGAGACGAUGACCACAUUUUUUUCUUGCUUGUUUUGUUUUUGUUUUUGUUUUUAGGAAUGGAGCAAGCAAGAAAAAAAAUCAAUCUAGAUUAAUUCUUCAUCUCGUACCCUAUGUGUUUAAUCGAUCUCUCUCGACUUGAUGAUGUACUAAUUUGACAUUUGUCUCGAUCUUCUUCAUCUAAGUUUCUCUCUUCAAUUGAACUGCUUAAGAUUAGAGGCCUAUUUCCAUUUCUUGGAUUAAAGUAUUCAAAA